GCGCGUGUGAUGUGUUUGUGUAUUCAGUGUUUUUCUCUCUUGCGCGUUUCAUUGACUUUAAACAGACUCUUGUUUCUGUGUAUUUAAGUGUUGAGACGUUGAUGAUGAGAUGUGCUGUAAAUCAGUAUGAACUGAUCUGUCCAUGCUGGAUAUAUUGAUGAUUUCAUCACAGAAAUCUCUCAGCUGAAGAAAGAGGAGAUUUAGCAAUGAAACGAGAGGAUGUGGAUUGUUGUGAAUCUUCAGUGUAUGUGACUGAUGAUGGGAGUCUGGAUUCAGUGUGGAUGAGCAGAGAUCAGAGCCGCACACCACAGACACUGCUGGACUCUAAACUCUCUGAAGAGAAAUCCAGACACACACAGGACUCCGAUCUCAGUCUGACUUUACUCUGUUAUACUGAGUCAAAGCUCACAGACACUCAGGACACUACAGUGUGUGACAGUAAACAGAGCUUACAGGAGGAUCAAACCUCCACAGAGUCUCUGGAUUCUGUCUGUAACGCUGGAGAACAGCAGCAGAUCCUGCAGACCAAACUGAAGAUGUGUUCAGUUAAACUCAUCAACUGCACGAACCUCAUGAUGAAGAUUAAAACAGAACCUACAGAAAUCAAAACUGAACCGACAGAAAUCAAAACUGAACCGACAGAUAUAAAAACUGAACCCACAGAAGAGGAAGAUCGCCCUGAUGAAGAUGAUGACUUUAUUACAUCAGAUGUGAAGAGUGAUUCAUGUCUGGAUAUCGAAAUAACGUCUUCAACAUCAAAAGAGCGACUGACAGAACAAACUCUUUCCUGCAUCACCUGUGGAAAGACAUUCAGCUCACAGAGACAUUUAGAGAGACAUGAGAGAAAACACACAGAACAGAAACUCUUCAACAGAUCUGAGAUCAGCUUUACUACCUUACAAGAGAAGAAACUUCAUUCAGAAGACCACAGAGAGAAGAAGAAGAAGAAGAAGAAGCAGUUUCACUGUGAGCAGUGUGGGAAGAUUUGUGUCUCUUCCUCUAAACUAAAUGUUCACAUGAGGACACACAGUGGUGAAAAGCCUUUCUACUGCACUGAAUGUGGAAAUUACUUUAAAAGCAAACACAAUCUUAAAGUUCAUCAGAGAAUUCAUACAGGAGAAAAACCUUACAAAUGUCCUCACUGUGAGAAGAGAUUUAGCUGUAAAUAUAAUCUGAACCGACAUGUGCGUUCACACACCAAUGAGAGACCGUAUCAGUGCAGUGAAUGUGACAAAACCUUUAGUGAUUCAAGUUCAUUAAAAAAACACGAGUAUACUCACAUUGAAGAGAAACUCUAUCAGUGUUCACACUGUGAUAAAUGUUACGGUUAUAAAUAUCAGCUGAUAACCCAUCAGAUAGUUCACACUGGAGAGAAACCUUACGUCUGCACUCAUUGUGGAAAGAGCUUCACUAAUUCAUCUAAUUUAAGAGUUCAUCAAAGAGUUCAUACUGGAGAGAAACCUUAUCACUGUAGUGUCUGUGGGAAGAGUUUUAAUCUAAAGGCUACAUUAGUAAAUCACAAGAUAAUUCAUACAGGUGAAAAACCUUUCAAAUGUUCUCAGUGUGACAAGACUUUUGGUUAUUCAAGUAGUUUAAAAUACCAUCAGAGAGUUCAUACUGGAGAGAAACCUUAAAGGAACAGUAUGUAAGAAAUUUAUUUAAAUUAAUCAUAAAAUGGCCUUGAUAUGUCACUAGACAUUAAUAAUUAAUUUUCAUUUCAAAUAUUUAUAUCACUGACAUCAGUGGCCUGGCAAGGAUAUUGUCAUUUAAAAAGUGGUGUUGCAGUCCUCAACUGAUGUUUAUGUUGUCAUUUUGCGUAUUGGCCACCAGUUGUGUGAUUGCAGUACCAGUUUUAGCCACAAUCCUACAAACUGUUCCUUUAACACUGUAAUGUUUGUGGGAAGAUUUUUAGCCAACAGUGAAACUAACUUAAAGGUCACAUUUUCCUAAUCCUAUUUUUUAAACCCUAGUUAGUGUGUAAUGUUGCUAUAGUAGCAUAAAUAAUACUUGUAAAAUAAUAAAGCUCACUGCCAGGCGAUAUAUUU